GCGGGGCUGCUGCGGGGAGGGCGGGCCGGGCCGGGCCGUGGUCAGUGCGAGCUUCCCGCCCGCCCAUACCCCUUUUGCCCCGGGAGGAGCGAGGGGGGACAGGCCGUGGGCGAGAGGGCUGGGAAGCUCCCUUCGCGGGGUUUUGCGGUGGCUCGAGUGAAGUGCCGUGUUCCAGUCAAAAAAACAGCUCGCAGAGAGUGUGUGUUUUCCUGGGGCACCACUGAAAAUAUCCCACUUAUGCUUAAUCAGGAAGCUGACAUGAAAGAAGCCGACCAUGAGAGGUCACAGGAAUUUGUACUGCCUGUCUCCACAUUUACUAACAACUGCCUAAUCUGAAGAAACUGAACUGCCACUUACUGUGUUCUCAAAAGUAGCUCGCUGUUCUGUGUGAAAGGAGUAGGUAUGUUUCUUUUCCUCACCCUCAGCUCCCAGCAGAGUAGUUUCUGGUUUCAUGUUUAUUUUGAGAGAUCUGUGAGAUCACAAAAAAGGAGAACAUUGAGCAUUUUUAUAUACCAUAUUUACGUAUUUUGAUAAUAGUGUACACUUUUGUUAAUUUUUAAUUUCAAUUCUGUAUUUGCUGUUAAUUGGAGAAGCCCAUUUCCAAAAGUGAGAGUUUUGUUACGCUGUCCAGCGUGCAACAUCGCUGCAGCGUUAAAAGCAGGAGCAAUCUCUGCAAGAUUAUGCAGUGAUGUUGGAGAAUAGUUUUGACUGUAGGAAGCGCAGAACUGGUCAGUACAAUAACGGGACUAAUGCAAAGUGCUAAAGGGACUGGGUCAGGGACCGCUGGUUGUAGUUGAACAGAAGCUGUUGGGAGCUUCCCAGUGGUGCUCCUGGGGGAUUGAACCUUGGAUGACUCCCGAUGAACAGCUAUGCUAACGAUGGGAAUGUAAAAAUGGACACAUGGGAAUUAAAUGUGCUCACAGGGAAUAUGAACAGGAGGAAGGGCUGCAGAGCCAUGGAAGAAUGAGAAGUCUUCCAGAACUGGCGGUAGAGAAAUGGUGAAAAUCUCUGUUCCAUAUUGGUGGGUUAUCAGCUAUAAGGGAUGGAGGAAAGGAGCCCAAGGCAGCCUGCAGACUGUGAUCGUACUGUGGCUUUGCAAAAGGGAAAUGGGAUCCUAGGAUGUGCCAGGCAAAGGACUUCCACUAGGAGUAAGGAAAUAGCGCUGCUGUGAAAGGCCCUGGUGGACUUUGCUGGGGAUGCUGGGUGCAGUUCUGGGCACUUGUGGUGAAGAAAUAUUCGUGCAAGCUGGAAGUGCGGCACAGAAGUCGGGGACGUGGGCAGUCUGUUUCUUCGACAGAGCAAAGCUGGGAACCUCCAUCGUGUUUUAAAUAUUCCCUCUCGUGGAAACCGGACGGGCCUUCGUCAGGGAGUUUUCUUAUGCCAAGCAGCGCCAGCCUCCCUUGAAAAGUUUUUUUUCUUCAACAAAGGAAAUAGCAGAUGAGUUACAGUGUGCUGCUUGCUGGAGGUGCUCAGCCCCUUGCAGGAGGGAGGACUGUAAAGAGAGCUGAGAAUGAGAUGGUUUUACCAUGAAAGACCUGAAGCUCUUGGUAUACAUCAUCGACGAGCUGCAGACGAAUACAGCGUAUGCCUCAGAGGAUGGAUGUGAAUGUGGACUGGGACUCUGGGGGUAAUGUUUGUGACACAGGUGAGAAGCAUUCAAAUUAUUCCAGAAAGUCCACUAAGCAGGUGGGCCACACAUCUAGCCUGCAGAAGGAGGUAGACAUGAAUUACUCACAGACAUCCAGUCUUCCUUGCAACUCUGCUGGACCUUCAGGAGAGCAGGAGCUUCCUGCAGAGUUCCAGCAUGAAGACAAAGAAACCUAUGAAAACUACUACCAGAAGCGAGGUGAGAGGAGUACAGCUGGGGUAUUUGUCCCCUCCAGUACCAACUUUGACCUGCAAUGUGGAGAUAAAGAUUUAGAGCACUGUUCCUCUGAACGAUCCAAGAAACCACGGAGACGACUACGUGAAGAUAGUGAAAAUACCGGUCUUCCUGAUGUGUUUGAUGAGGACCUGGAGCCUGUCUCUGAGGAAGCUUUGCUGUAUCGGUGCAAGAAGUGUGGUUCCUCUUUCCAGGGUAUGAGCGAGCUGCAGGAACAUAAGCGAACUCACCUUGUGGAAAACUCAUACCGAUGUCCCAUCUGUGCCAAAGAGUUUUUCCGUGCAGCAAAUUUGCGAAUGCACAAGCUCAUUCAUUCUAGUGACAGGCCACACAAAUGUCCAGAGUGUGACAAGGGUUUCAUUCGCACAGCUGAUGUCUGGAGGCACCUACGCAAUGUGCACAAGAUAGAGCGCUCCAUGGUGAUCUUGGGAAAUGGCAUGGCUAGGAACCCAUGGUCAAUAGUGCACCGUGACCAGCACGCUGUUGAGUACGCUGAUCAGCCUUGUGCAGAAAACCAGAAGUCUGAGGAAGAUGACUAUAAACCUUAUGCCUGUCCAACGUGUGGCAAAGGUUUUGAUAAACCUAACCUGCUUUCCAAACACAAGGUGAUCCACCGACAAGACAAGCCCUAUAAGUGUCAGGAAUGUGGCAUGGCAUUUGUCCAGCUGCUCAGGCUGAAAAGACACCAGCAGACUCACUCUGGGGAGCGCCCCUUCUAUUGUGAGGAGUGUGGAGGGACGUUCACCCGGAUGGCGUCACUCCAGCGCCAUUACCGCAUCCACACUGGAGAGAAGCCCUACUCUUGCAAUUACUGUGGUCAUUCCUUCACCGAGUCAGGUACCCUACGGAGGCAUGAGCGCACGCACAGAUUGGACAAAUCUUAAUUCAUAGUUCAUUUGUGAUUGCAGUGUCCUUGGUUGCUUCUUACCUGAACGAGGCCUGCUCAGUUGGGCUGGAGCGAGCACUCCACUGCAUGUGCUCUGAUCAGUCCAGACCCACUUCCCAGCAGUGGCUGAUAGGGACUACUACAUCAGGGGGAUCUCUGGCACUUGUACUGGUAAAGAUUGCACUCACUGGCUUUAAACUGGCUUUGUUUGAAAAAAUAACCUAAUUAACACUGAGUAAUGAAAUGUGUCUUGAGAAGACUGAAAUCACUCACGUGCUACCACUGUCUCAAUUCGCUGAACUGACGAUGCAUCAGGAUGAGCUUUUUGCAGGAAUUCAUGGGCUGUGAGACUUCUCUCUGCAGUCUCGGUCACUGAAUAAACUGGCCCUGCCCUCUCAAGUGUGAUGGCUCUUUGGUGCUGGGUUUGGAGAUCUGUUGUUGCAGGUCUUUGCUAAGUCAGAACAGUCCAGAUUUGUCCCUCUGUCCCUUCUCUCCUUGUAUUGUGCUGAGUUUUUCUUUCCAUUACCUUUUUUUUUUUUAAUUUGGAGGGGAAGUAUCAUGUUGAUUAUUUAAAAAAAAAACAAACCCUGAAACAAAACGCAACGCAAACAGUUCCUUAAUAAACUCUACAGUUACUAGCUGUA